UCUUUCUUCAAUUCUUGAGUUGACUGAUUGUCGCCACCCUCCUCGAAGCUGUAGACGAAAACCUGGAUAACCUUUCGAACAUACUUCCAAGUACAAUAUCUGCUUUGGGCCAUCAUGUCGUCGAACAUGCUUUGUCCCGGCUAUACUCAGGUUUCGUCUUUUGCCCCAGACGAUGAGUAUGAACGUGGCGAAGACGGUGCCGUCGAAGAGGAAGUCUCUUACGUGACCUUGGAUCUAGGCAGUGUAGAACCAACCCUCGUUCCGAGCAGCUCAAAUUAUCGUCUCAUUGGCCUCGACAGCCCUGCUCCCUUUCUCCAGCUUUCUGGCACGGUUUUCAAGGGAAGACAUCAGAAGCUGUUGGGAACGGAGCUGCUGUUUGCGGAGGACAAGGAUGAGCAUGAUCCUAGCAAGAAAACGAUCGUUCAUUUUACGAAUACAGAACAACGCAUUCAGUUCCACGAAGUCGACUUGAAGCCACGUCCAGUCAAGGCAACGGCUUCGACACCUUCUGCUUCGACUUCGCAAGUCCCAUCCAACCCUGAACAGGCCGCCCUACCUCCAGACAUUGCUCAGGGAGCUGUUGCUCCACUUGUAUCCCUGGAUAGCUUAACGGGGACUCCAGAGAUCACACACGUACAAGAUCCAGCUUCUGACGGUGAGGCGACUGCGAUUGAGAGUCAUGAGCCAAAAGAGAGGGGGAGAGGUAGGAAACCUCGUGGUGCCGGGCGCGGACGUGGUCGAGGUGGAGGUCGAGGACGUAGACGGGGACGGGGGGCUUCUACCGCGGACGAACACGACCGAGCUCUCAGUGAAUCAGAAAAUGCUGGACAGGUCACAAUUGGCGCCCCAGAAGAUGUUGACGGAGCGGGUCCUGCCGUGGAAAUGGACACGGGAAGUGGGUGACAGGGUGAGCUGUUCUUGCCCCAUUGAUUCCCUGACAAUGAUGCCAACCUCAGGAUGCGGCGAAGAGCUCUUGUUCUUUAUUUCUUCUCUUUGCUCCGAAUAUCACCUUGCUUCUGCGGCGAAGCAAUAUAUCCAUUUUCUCGUGGGGCUCCGAUGUUCCGGGAAAGUCCGCCUGAGAAGACACGAUAAUCGGUAGGGUUUCAUGCCAAGUUACACCAUGCAUGGUCCAGAUGUGUGCAACCCUCCACAUCGAGUACUGGGGCAUGCUUGGGAUGCU